UAGUUCUUCGCUGAAAAGUGUAUGGUGAAGACGUUAUUUUUCUAGAUAUUAUUCCCAAAUCUAUUCGUUGUCUUUAUCAAUAAAAUCUAUAUUUAGUAUAUAUAAAAAUGUACGUAAAUUCAUUGUGUAGUAUAUAAACUUAAACCUACAAUGUUAGUUUGAUGUGAUGACAUCUAACGGGAAAAAAUAUAACAGUGAAAAUAAUAUAUAUUUUGAUAGUAUAUUUUAAGGUUAUAUAUAUAUAUGUUAUACUGCAAUAUAAUAUCUACUAUUUGAAAGAUGACAACCCCAAUAAGUACAGCAAUGGAUAGAUUAAGUGCUGCAUUAAAUUCAAAUAUAAUACCAAAUCAAGAAUAUUUACUCCAAGGCUCGGUAUUAGACAGUGCUGUGGAAGUGUUGCUUCAUAGAUUAAGAGGCUUAUGUGAUAAUGUUGAUAGCGGUCCUGAAACAUUCAACGAUCAUGAAAUGUGUUUUAGUAUUAGAAGAGGACCUCCUCCUGAACAACCAUUACUGUUAAGAGUUAGAAGGGCUUUGGAUUAUCAAGAUAUGCCUUGGCAAUUAAGAUAUAUAGGUCAACCAGAAUUAGGUGAUAAAUCACGUCCUACAAUUGUACGCAGCAGUAUAGAUAUUGCUACCAGCAGUACCGUUGUUGAAUUUUUAACAGAAUUAGGUUGUAGAUUGGAUUUUGAAUAUAUAGCUAGAGGUUAUAUGUUCCGCAAAGGUAGAAUGAAAGUUACAGUAUCAAAGAUUUUUAAGAUGGGUCAGCAAGGAAAAAUACCUGAAAGUGUAGAAGCUAUAUCCCAAAGUUAUCUGGUAGAAUUAAGUGUUCUUGCACCUAGUGGUCAAGAUGCAAUAGCAGAGGAUAUGAGAAUAUUCGCAGAACAGUUAAAACCGUUGGUUCAGCUUGAAAAGAUUGAUUAUAAAAGACUUGUUCAUUAAAGUAUACAUUUGAGAAAAUAUAAAGAAGAUAUAAAUAUCAUAUUUUGUAUUAGAAUUAAUUUAAUAAAAUAUAAUAAUAUUGCAAAAUAUCCCCUUUUGUAUAUGAUCUUAUGAAGUAAAUUAUUCAUUUUAAAAA